GUCUCGUGUACGCUGCCAACCUGCUGCUGAUGUUUAAGUUGCAGCUGCUUUCAGGAAGUCAAAAAUAAUAAGAAAAAAAAUAUUAGGAGAAAUUACAAAGCCAACGGUCCACGUACUUUGUGGUAAUUGCUUUACUAGCUGGUGAUGCUCUCACUCGUCGAGGUGGACAAUGUGAGACUGUGGAGACUGGAUUUUAAAUUAUGAGGAUUUUUCUUUCUCUCUGAAGAACAUUUUCUGACCAGCAGACUGAAGUUGUAACAUCUGUGUAACGUGUUCCACUCCUUGGCAGGAAGACAGAUUUUCUUCUUCAAACACACAACUCUGAACGAAAACAGGUGAACUUCCAAAACCAGACAGCGGCUGAACACUGAGGACAUGAUGAACGUCACACCCACAGCAAUUUUAGCCACGACAAAUGCUACACGUAAACCAUGUGUUGAUAUCGAGCCGAGUCCUGUCAGCGACUUCCUGAUGGCUGUUUACAUCCUGGCUUUUGUCUUUGGCUUGACUUUCAAUGUGCUGACUUUGUACCCAAUAUACCAGCAAGUAAAGCAGCAGAACGUUUUGGGGAUCUUCCUGCUCAACCUGUCAAUAUCAGACUUGCUAUUCAUCUUCACCAUGCCGCUUUGGAUAAAUUAUUACCGACGGAACCAUCGAUGGGGACUAGGUGUGGAGACCUGCAAUGUAGCAGGAUUCUUCUACUACUCCAACAUGUACAUCAGCAUGUAUCUGCUGUGUUGUAUCUCUGUGGACCGCUGCCUGGUGGUCUGUUACCCAUUCCGCUUCAAGCCCCACCGUACAUCUCGAUACGCAUGGGUCCAGUGUGCCGUAGUUUAUGCUUUGGUUAUGAUCACACACAUAUACAUUCUGAAAAAUGACGAAUUAACAAAUGUUCAUGAUAACGCACACGACAGUGACCGUUGUUAUGAGACCUACCCAAUGAAGCAUAAUGUGGCCAUGUUUAAUAUGAUCAGAGUGGGAUUAGGCUUCAUACUACCACUGCUCGUGUUGGGAGUGAGCUACUGGAAGGUGCUGGCCACUGUGGGGAAAAGUCCCGGCCUGAGCGCCUCAGCUAAGAGGAAAGUUCGUCUGCUAUCCUAUGGAGUAAUUGGCAUCUUCUCAGUUUGUUUUGCUCCCUAUCACAUCCUCCUCUUUGUGCGCUCACAUGUCAGUUUCUUCAACACAGUAGAAGUUCACUGUGAUUUUGAACGUAAGAUGCACUUCCCCUUCUCCGGCACUCUGGCACUGUCCAGCCUGAACUGUGUCGUGGAUCCUGUGCUCUAUGUUCUGGUCAGUAAUGGUGUAAGAGAUGAACUGAAAUUUUGCUGUAGAAGUGAUGAGCAGAAAGGGACGGAGGACUGCAGGCUGACUUCGGGUAAAAAAGAAACAUCUAAAGAGAGUGCUUUGAUAUGAAGGGUAGACGGACUGUGAUGUAUUAUUUGUUUGUAUGUAUGUACAGUAUGUAUUAGCCCUUACGGCCUCAAUUACAGAGUAACUUAAAACUGCUCAUUCCUGUGAUACAGAUGGGCGUUUGUGAGGUAAAGAAGUAAGAUUGUAUCAAAUGUUUUCAGAAACAUGUUCCCUCUUCUAUGUGACAUGUGAACCAGUUUAAUUCAACUGAAAAGCUGAAAAACCUGCAAAGGGGAAAACAUAAAAAGAUAAAAUAGCACCAAUAACCAUAUUAAGUGCACACACGCUUACACUUGUUAUUUCAAGUGUUUUAGUGUGCAUAAUAACAUACUAAAAAGUGUUAUUAUUCACCUUUUAGUGUACAUUUAAUCUGCCUAUUCAUCUAUUAUCAAUUGUAGCUAAACUGAUUAACCUGAAGCUCAGAAAUUGUAGCUUUUCUUUUCUUGUUUUGCUUCAGAACUGAGUAGCAGGCUUCCCCGAGGAAUCUAUUCUAGUAUCGUGACUCCAAGUUUAGUACAGUUUUUCACUUGAAACCAGAACUAAAAUCUGAGACAAAAUCUGUUGGAUUAUCUGGGAGGGUUGUGAAAAAGGUCUGGUAGAUUCUAAGAUUUUCAGGCAGAGUAAGCAAAUAUUGGUUUGACAAGGAGUGUUAAGUCUCAAUGCUGUUAUUGAAUCAAAAGUUGUUUUUUCAAUGUGUUAUUUAUUUUGCAUACACAUGCAAACCACACCAGGCUGGUAUUAGUAUGUCAGUUUAGUAUUUUUGCCCAAGUAAAAGUUGUUUUUUUUUUUUACUUAAACUGAAAAAGUUGAACUUGAUAAAUGUGACAGUGCAUUUGAAAAAAAGUUUGGAAAUGUUUCACUUACUGACUUCAAAAAUGUCCUGAACUUUUACCGAAUGUGUGGACGUCUAGGCGUCUGUUUCUCCCGCUCUGCACACUAUGCAUAGAGGAAGACGGCUGUGAGAUGUUUGUGUCUCAGGUCUCAGGGCGCAUUGUAGUCUUUUGGCUUAAUUGCUCCUGAGGCUUCUCUAAGUGGCAGACAAUUUUUGUUACACACUUACAUUGAACCAGCCUUUUUACUUUAUUUUCAUUCUGUGCACGUUGCAUAUGUGUACCAUGCAAUUCUUGAAGUGUAAAUAAAAGCAUGCAUGCAAUUUCCACCACAAA